AUGUCCCUUCCUCGAGGCCGAUCCUUCGUGAUCAAGUGGCUACGGCGAAGACCUCACCACAAUUGGUGCAAUCUCUCUCGAAAUUGCUGAUUUUGGGAGGUGGGUUUCAAUGCGCGGCUCGAGAACACCCCUUGAAGCAUAUGGGUUCCAUUGACAGGCAAUGUGGGUUAACUUCACACGUAAAAUGCGUGUGUGUAUGUGUGUUAGCCCUAUUCGUGGAUGAAUCGACCCGGUUUAGGGUUAUGGGAGAUUACGGUUUCGAGAAGUGAUAAGUUUCUGGUGUCUGAGUUCGUGCGCUGCAGACGACCGAGGAACAGAAACCGAAUUUCUUUGUGAUUUUGCACUUGCAGGUGAAAUGUGCUGAGUGUGCCCUAAUUUUUGCCCUUUGAACCGUAUAGGAAAAUGAGUUUUCGUAGGAAGUUGACGUCGUUGCUAGUGCUUGGAGUUACUGGAGUUGGAGCGUUGAGCAUUUGGGAUGACUAUCUCAUCUUCCACCAAUGCAGCAAGGACCUUUGUAUGCUGCCACCAUGGGGUUAGACCGUGAAGGUAACUCCGCUCAGUGUAGUUUUCCUGUAACGGGUAGCUUGGACAGUGGAAACCUCCAUCUUCGAGCAGUCCGGUAUGAAGAGAAGUACAAGUGGUUGACGCCCUACUUCCCUGGAUUCUCUGGCGGACGAUGGGAAGUUCUAGUGUUAGAGGCUUUGGUGCCGACCAAUAAUCCACCGGCUCGGCAGCGCCUCAACCUUAUUCAGAGAAAGCCAAAGAUCGGAGAUGGAGGAGGUGGAGGACCCUGCGGAACGCCCAGCACCAUAGGCCACCACGAAGUCUGAUUUCUCCUUCCUCUCUACCGUAACUCUACAAUUCUUAAGUAGCGAUCCAAGUGUUGAAUCAGCUCCUUCAUUUUGAAAAGAUUGAGAUUUUCGUUUCUGUGCAUUUGACUAUCA